AUGGCCGGACUGCAGUACACUAUGCCUGCGAUCAAGUCUAUGUCAAGGUGUUUGGAGAUGCUGGUGGAGCAUGGCGCUGAUGCAAAAGCCAUGGACGACGUCAGUACCUCCCACUUGCUCUUCCGUCUUAUGAUGUAUGGCCGGACACCACUGCACUAUGCCUGCCAUACCGGUCGUAUCAUGGUAGUGUUGAUGCUGUUGGAGCAUGGUGUCGAUGCAAAAGCGCAGAACAAGGUCAAUACUUCCCUCUUUCCCAUUAACCUCCCUCUGCUGGGCGGCCGAGCACCACUGCACUAUGCCUGCUAUAACGGCCAUGUCAAGGUGGUGGAGACACUGUUGGAGCACGGCGUUGAUGCUGAAGCCAAGGACGAGAGCCACCGAUAUACCGACCCGCCGCGUGGUUCGAAUCGGCUUGGCCCAAACGAUGAGCGGACGCUCAUCAUCACACGAGCACUGCUGGGCCAUGCCUUUGUUCAUCACUCGCCUUCGCGCGGUGCACUGGCCCCUCCGCUUCUGCCUGAUGCACCCAACAAUGAGCGAUAUGACUCGGUGAUUGCCACGCCGCCGGGGGAAUGUCACGAGAUCAUUUUGUUUGACAAUACGCAAAUCUAUCCUGAGCUGGUGGUCUACUACACGGCCAAUUAG